UUGCUCGUUUGCGUCCUCGCCGAAGCGGUUUCCUUUGCCUUGCGCUCUCGGUUCAAUUUUGGGCGGAGGCGCAUCGCUUGUCAUGGCGAAGGGAGACGACGCGGUGAGGCGGAGGAAGAACAAGACCAACCGCAAGCGGAUGAAGAACAGCGAAUCCGCCGUGUCCGCCCGCGUCGCCGCAAUCAUCGCUGCCAAGCGGCGCCGCAAGACCGGGAAUCGCCGCAUCUGCGAGGGGAUGUGCUUUAGCCUCCCGACGCCUGACGAUCCCUUCAAUGAUCGCCACGGGAAGGAGACGAAGCAGAAACCCAGCAAGAGUGUGUCACCUCCUCCCGUCUCCGCCACCGAGGAGAGCAAGAAUCAAAGGUGUGAUGCUGCUGUGAGAGCGGAGCAUCGUGCCAGCGAAGGUGGUGGCGUCGGCAGCGACUGCGACUCGGACUAUGGUUGCCCUUCCAAGUUCCUUAUCCUGUGCUUGAACGCCAUACAUGACGCGUGGAAGGAUCGACAAGCAGCGCCUGAUGGUAGCUUGGAUGGUUCUCUUUUCGCCUGCGACUGGGGUGUUGAUUUCUGGAAGUGUUGUUCUUCCGGCUCGCACAUCAUCGACACCAGUGGGUCUUGCCCCACCACAGAGCAGGUCGCUUGGUUGGUGUCUACAGCUUCUGAUAUCAUUACGAGGAAGGAGAAGCAGGGGCAUGUCGUUCCCAGUCCCUUCCUUCUUUUCCUUGUGCCAACGCGGGAGAAGGCUGUUCAGAUAAGGUCAGUGUGCAAACCACUCAAGGCCCUAGGAAUACACACAGUAAGCUUGCAUCCUGAUGCACCAUUGGAUCACCAGGUGCAGGGUUUGAGAAGCUGCGAGCCUGAGUUUCUUGUAUCUACUCCAGAGAGGUUGCUUGAACUUGUUUCCCUCAAGGCAAUUGACAUCUCUGGCGUAUCACUAUUGGUACUUGAUGGAUUCAACACCUUCCUCGAUCUUGGCUUCGUGGAUAAACUUAAUUCUGUCAGGGAAACUAUAUCUGGAAAUCCACAAGUCGUUCUCUUCAGUGAUUGCUACAGUGAAGUGUUCACGGCGUUUGCCCAAAAUAUACUUUCAGGACCAGUUACAAGACUCUGUCAGAGCGAUGUCGUAAGUUGUCAAAGUGCAUUCAUAUCACAACUAGUGCACUUCCAUACAACACAAGAAGAAAAAGUAGCUAAGCAAAGAAGAAGGUUAUGAGAUAUCCGAGGACACUUCAUGUGCCUUUUCUAUUAUCUCUGACAGAAAGGCACUCAGAGUCUUCGCUACGGACGAUGAUAGUUUACACGAGGAAGAUCUCGAGGAAUUUGGUAUCACCAUAUUCAUGGAUCUUCCAUCCUCGAUCGAAGACUAUGUACACGUUCUCACAACGAUGGCACGCCAUUCAAUUACUGGUGCCUUGCAUAGUUUCUUCUGUAAAGGAGAUGUCGCUCAUGCUCAACCCUUAGUCGAGGUUCUCAUACAGUGUGGUCAGAUGUUGCCUGAGAUCCUUCAAAAUAUAUGAUUAUUCAGGUUAAAGAUUUAUUUUACUCUAUGAAGAGUUACUACCAACGGUUAUCGAUCUCAUUCUCAUUCUUUACUUGCUCUAUUUUUAUAUUUUCACUCAUGUUAAUAGUGGAACACAUUAAUUCGUCACGCCCUUGUGACCAGUGAUGGAUGUGUAAGACUUUGUUAUUCUGUUUUAUAUAUUUUUUUAGUGGAAGCUUUUUGUGUUGGCAAAACCAAAUUACAUAAAACUGAUUGAUAUAUUCUCAAGAAGUUUGAUAUGA